AUGGCCUGCAGGCGAGGCAUAUUCCUAUUUGCCACCUUCGCCGUCCUGUCAAUCCUAUCACUCCCAAGGGCGACGCACGGCUGGGCGAACGGCGGCGCAACGUGGUACGGCGGCCCUAACGGCGACGGCAGCGAAGGUGGCGCGUGUGGUUAUAAAAGCGAUGUCGGCCAGGACCCGUUCUCGUCGUUGAUCGCCGCCGGCGGAGCGGGCAUCUUCAAGAACGGCAAAGGCUGCGGUUCAUGCUAUCAGAUCAGAUGCAAAGAGAACCCGGAAUGCUCCGGCAAACACGUAACCGUCGUCAUUACCGACCAGUGCCCCGACGCGCAGUGUCAGAAGAGGCCGCACUUCGACAUGAGCGGCACCGCCUUCGGCGCCUUGGCCAAGCCCGGGAUGGCGGAGAAACUACGUAACGCCGGAGUCCUCAAUAUCGAAUUCGAGAGGGUGCCAUGCAAGUACCAUGGCAAGAAGAUUAGCUUCAAGAUGGACUCGGGCGCCAACCCGUUCUACCUCGCCAUGCUGGUCGAAUACGAGGCCGGCGACGGAGACCUCAACUCCGUGGAAGUCAUGGAGGCCGGCGGCAAAAAAGGCUACGCCAAGUGGGAAAAGAUGCGGCAGUCGUGGGGCGCCCUGUGGUGCAUGGAGUCCAAGACCGGGAAGCCUCUGGAAGCCCCAUUCUCCUUCCGGCUCACCUCGAGUUCCGGCAAGGUGCUCGUCGCCAACAAUGUCGUCCCCGCCGGGUGGAAUGCUGGGAAGUGCUACGAGUCCAAGGUGAACUACCCCGCCUGAAGGCCUGCUUGGUGGCGGAGACAGAACUCUUUGAGGAGCGUGGACAGGCCACAGGUCAAAUAAAUGGUGAACAACCGAUAUGAGUUCCUAAAAAAUGGUGAACAAUUCGUGAUCCGUAAUCGCGGAUGGAUACAUCUCAUCAUGUAACUAUAGGUACAAAAUUUGAAAUUGGAGAUCGGUUGGAAAUUAGCACUCACUUAACGUAAAAACUGCAUGUAUAAUUUUAUCGCCAUUUUGUAUAGUAUUAAUUCAAAGAUUGUUGGAUAACGUGGAAGAAAUGUAUGCAUCAACAUAGAGAGGAAAUGGCCCUAGAUGUUAGAGUAUGUAUAGGAUAGAGAUAUUUCAUUCAAACUGUAAUCUAUCUCUAUCUCCUUUUCUUCCUCUCUCUGUACCGAACUCUCCCUGAGAUCGAUCUUCCCGAUCUCUUCUUGUACUCCAAGGCAUUGCCAAUAUAUAUAAACAUGCGGCCCGAGACA